AGCCCUGUAGCGUCAGGAUUGCGUCAAUUUGGGUUUCAACCACGUCUUCAGUCUCGGAGCGGAGCUACUCAGAAGAGCCAAAACAGGAAGGGGGUUGCAAAUCAGUGUGCAAAGGGGAGGAUCGAAGCUUCCCCUCCCCCCUUUCCUCCAGCCCCCUCGCAGCCUCCUCCUCCACCUUCCCCACCGCUCGUGUCUCCGGGUUUUGGGGGUUUUUUGUUGUUAUUAUUUUCUUUCUUUUAAAAAAAACAACAACCAAAAACAAAACAAAAAACCCCAAACAACACGCUGGAAAAGACGGUUGCCCGGGCGCUGUGAGAGCGGAGAGCCGGGAGACAGCAGGGCAGCGCGUUCGGCGCCCCGGGCAGGUCGCUCUGUAACGGGGGAGGCAGCUCCCUAUCCCGGACGGCGGCUUCCGCACCCCGGACGGCUGCUCCAGCACCGCGGACAGCGGCUCCAGCACCGCGGACAGCGCACGCCGCCAACAUGGCUCCGAUCGCGGCCAGCCGCCAGCAGUUCGAUGAAAUUCCUACAGUGGUUGGGAUCUUUAGUGCAUUUGGCCUUGUCUUCUCUGUCUCCCUUUUUGCUUGGAUCUGCUGUCAACGUAAAUCUUCCAAAUCCAAUAAGACCCCUCCAUAUAAGUUUGUCCAUGUGCUGAAGGGGGUUGAUAUUUACCCUGAGAAUCUCAACAGUAAGAAGAAGUUUGGAGCAGAUGAUAAAAGUGAAGCAAAGAACAAAUCAGCGAUGCCAAAGAAUUCUCUCCAUCUUGACCUGGAGAAGAGAGAUCUAAAUGGCAACUUCCCCAAAACAACCCCUAAAAUCCAGAGCUCUCCAGAUCCUGAAAAUUUGUCUCCUAAGCACUUUGUAGAAAGGAAGAAAGAUUCAGUAUCCCCUGAUAGUUUAAAAUCCAUCACUUCCCUAUCAUCUGAAGAUAAACAAGACAAGUUAGGAAAUCUCUAUUUCUCCUUAGAGUACAACUUUGAGAAAAAGGCAUUUGUAGUGAACAUCAAAGAAGCACGUGGGUUGCCAGCAAUGGAUGAACAGUCAAUGACUUCUGAUCCCUACAUCAAAAUGACAAUCCUGCCUGAGAAAAAGCACAAGGUGAAAACCAGAGUGCUGAGAAAAACCUUAGAUCCAGCUUUCGAUGAGACCUUCACAUUUUAUGGGAUCCCCUAUAGCCAGAUUCAAGAUUUAACACUUCACUUUAUAAUCUUGAGCUUUGACAGGUUUUCCAGAGAUGAUGUCAUUGGAGAAGUCCUCAUUCCCCUCGCAGGAAUUGAAUUGUCAGAAGGAAGGCUGCUAAUGGACAGAGAGAUCAUCAAAAGAAAUGUUAGGAAAUCAUCUGGGCGUGGAGAAUUACUGGUCUCUCUCUGUUAUCAGUCUACAACAAACACGCUCACUGUGGUUGUUUUAAAAGCCAGGCACCUACCUAAAUCUGAUGUGUCAGGAUUAUCAGACCCUUAUGUCAAAGUGAACCUGUACCAUGCUAAGAAGAGAAUUUCUAAAAAGAAAACCCAUGUGAAGAAAUGCACCCCCAAUGCAGUGUUCAAUGAGUUGUUUGUCUUUGACAUUCCUUGUGAGGGCCUUGAUGAUAUCAGCAUUGAAUUUUUGGUUUUAGAUUCAGAUAGGGGGUCAAGGAAUGAGGUCAUUGGCCGGUUAACCUUGGGAUCUUCAGCAGAAGGAACAGGUGGAGAGCACUGGAAAGAAAUUUGUGAAUAUCCUAGGAGACAAAUUGCCAAAUGGCAUAUGUUGUGUGAUGGUUAGCAGCUUAGAGGGGGUUGGAGCUUGAAAAAUUAUAUGUAUUUCCAUAGGCAAGGAGCAGUUUUCUUUCUUUGCUAUAUAUAAUUACAGGCUUGUAACUACAAGACUUUUUUGGGGGGUGGGGGAAUAAAAACUGGAUUGAAUUAUCAGAACAGAAGGUAACUAAAUUUUCACAGUAAAUAAAGGAAUUUCUAUUUCACUAGACUUUAACAUAAUUGAAUUGGAUUCAUAGUCUUCUGAAGUUUAAAUAACCUGAAACUUCUGAAGCACUAUAAACUUCAAUAAGAACAGACUAUGUUUUAUGAAGAAGUCACUGGAAACCUUAUUAGUACUGUUAUAUAGAUGGAGAUAACCUCAUUAAAAUAUAUCACUACAUCUAAAAAAAAAAAAAAAAAAAACAAAAAAACCACCUGUGGCUUAUUGGGGAAAGGGGAUGAGUCUGUAAAAGCCAUGGGUAAUGAGGGUCAGUAGGAGGGGAAUUCCUUCUGUCCUACCAUCAAAAGCCUUCUUUUAUGAAAAUUCAAUCAUUAUUUCUAAGUUUUGGUUACUUAUACUUUGAUCAUCCCAAAGACUGAAGAGAUUUUCAGCAAUUUGCUUUACAUAUCACAUCAUGUGCAACUAGUUGUUUUAUGUGUGGAAAUACUGUAUAAUUAUUUACACUUGGAUUUUUUAAUUUGUAUAUAUAUAACUUGUUUUAUUACAGUGAUUGAAAUAGAUACAUUCUACAAAUCACUGAGCAGGUUAACAUACGUUGUUUUGUUAAAAGGGCUCCUUUAUGAGUGACUGCACAUGUUACAGUAUAGCUAGAAUUUGGGAUUAGAUAUGCCUUGCAUUUUUUUCCUCUAGCAAGGAUUACACUUUAAGCAUUUCAAGCCAUGGGAAAGCAUUUCUGUUGAGCUGAGGUAACAUCCAUGAUAUUACAGUCAAUGACCUUUCACCAAUUAUAUUUUAAGCUAUUCAGUAAUACAUAGAGAAAAGUUGUUUCUUCUUUUGUUUCAUUAAAGAACAAACAAAAUAAUGAGACAGGGGACAAAACCUUAUUCUUCUGUUUAACUUCCUGAAGUGUGAGUAAUGCCAUUACACUCAGUAGGACUACUCCCAGCAUACACAUUUUAAUGCAUUUUUAAAAUUUUACAGGAUAGGAAACUAAGGUCACAGUAUAAUUUAUACAAUAUUAUGUUAGAUAAACAAUUUGAAAAGUGCAUUUCACCUAGAUUAUAUGCAUCAAUGUCCGUUACUGAUUGUACUGAAAAUUGGUGGUGGUAAGGGAAAAUAUAUCCUGAUUUCAUGUUAGUGUGACAUUUGUGUGUUUAAACUUAAACUGUGUCAGGCUGGGGGACUAUCAAGCGUAACAUAAACAAGUAUAUACAUAAAGCAUUUAGACCUGUGAAAUUUACUCUUGGUCACAACAGAUAGAUUUUUAGGUUGUCAGAACUGUAGCACAACUAUAAACAGAUUAUUUCCUAAAGUUUGUACACUGAUUUCUGGUUUAGAAUUGUUUGCAAAUAUUACUCCUACAUCAUUUUCAGUUACAAUAUAUAGAGAGAAGAAUAUAAUGAUUUAGUUGUUGACAUAAGAAGGACUUAAAAAGUGCAAAACAAUUUUUGGUAUCUUUUCCUAUGUCAUUUUGUCAUGUGUAAUCCCAAUGAAGUGAAUGAGACUAUUUGGGAAUUAAAGUAUUGCUCAAUGCAAGUAAAGGUAACAGAAUAGGCAUGCCAGGUAAAAAAAAAAAAAAAAAAAAAAAAAGAAUGUAUGUUGGAUUUCAAAUUGCUUUCAUUAAACAACAGACCCAAGUCUUAUUCAAAACUCUUGGAGAUUCACUGUCGACUUUACCUGUUCUCAUAUGGCCAAAUUAAGUUUGCAGUAGAGGACACUGAAAUAUGAAAUAUGCAAGUAGACAAAUAGUACUGGAAGAAUUCUGAUGAGGCUCUUCCAGGUUUUGUUGUUGGUAUUUUCUCCAGUUUUUGAGAAUGUGUUUGAUAUAACAGUGUUUAUAAAGUUCUGUAGAAGUACAUUUUCAAAAUAACAUAAACAUUCUUUUUAUGAUAAUGCUCAAUAUAAAAAACCUGCGUAUUGUAUGUACAAAGGAGAAGAAUCUUUUUUGCUUCUUUCUUUAGAAAGCUGAUUAACUGCUUAAGGGCUAGAGUUUGCCAGCCACAUUCAAGCAGAGCUAAUCCAAAGCCACCAAGUUGAAGGAAAGAUGCCCACAGGCUUCAAUGGGGUUUGAAGUGCAAUCACAGAGCAAAACUCAACCCAGGAAUAUCAAUGGGACCAUGGAUAAGGAGAGUCAUGAUUUGAUCUAAUGGAGACUAGGAGAGUUUAAGUCAGUACCACACAACCAAACUUUUUACAAUUUAUGGUAAGGAAAGAACUUUACACUGAAAGUGAUUGCAUGAAAGAGAGUGGGACAGCUUGUAAUUAAAAAAUAUUGAGGUUUCGUAUAUUAGCCCACAAAUAGUACAUUAUCUCUAAAAAUGAGAUGACAGGAGUCAUCUGUCUCCAAUGGACACAAAUUUUGACAUUAGGAGAAAAAAAUCCACCUUUUUGAAUUAAUGGUGGGCUGUGACCAUGCUUCAUUUUGCAUCCAACAAGUCAUCAUCAAUUUUUUUUUCAAGUUUCUAUAGAAGCUUGAGGGUUAAUAUUUCUACCAGCUAAAUAGCAGUUGUUGUUGGGGAUAAAAGGUAGAAAUAAGAAAGGGAAACAAAGACAUUUUUAUUAAAUCUAAAAAAACCCUGUAAAUAGAAUUUUGUUUUUAAUUUAAAGCAAUGUUUAGCUUGGAAAGUUGAGUAAAGAUGAGUUGUAACACAUCUGUAAACCAGACAAGACAGGAGCGAAUGUAGACCUGUACUGAGAUGAGAAAUUCUGCUGUUUUAUAAAGUAUUUAAUUUUCAUUGUGAAUAUCUUGAACUCUGUUAAGGAUACUGUACUGUAUUAAACAUGUAAAAAAAUUAUGUUUGUCUAAGUAGCUUACAAAAGUAGUAACUCCUUGAAUGGGAGACUAUCCACGUCUGGAGAUCUGUCGUAACUAAAUUCCUGAUUCGUUAUGGUGUUGUAACUUAAUAGAAGCUAUUUGAGAGGAAGCAUGGUGUAUGAGAUUUUGUAAGUUAUUCGUGCUGGUUCUGUAUGUUGUACCAUGUGUGUAAGACAAGAAUAAACUGCUGCUUUCGUUCAUCC